AACCUAGAAGUUUCCUUUAAAAUAUUACACACGCUGCGUCGUGUUUGUGUUUCUAGUGCGCUCUUAAUUUUUUGUUUAUUUUCCAAAAUAUCCAGUUUAAAAAUCAUAUUUUAGCAAAUAUUUAAGGCAUAAAAAAGCAGAAACAUGCCGAAAGUUCGAAGCGCCACCGGGCCACCGCGAAAGCAGGGCUUUAAUCACUCCAAUCACUCGAUGAACCCAGAGCGACCCAAAUCUGGCCUGAAAGGGGUAGCCAAUCCUCGUACUCAGGCAACAAUAAAGCGAUUGCAAAUGUAUCGCAAUUUCAAGGCAAAGCGUGAUCGCAGAGGAAAAAUUAUAACACCAGCGCCAUUCCAGGGACGUUUGCCAUCUGGCACAAUGGCACGAGUGGAGCCUUCACCAAAAUGGUUUAGUAAUUCCAGGGUGAUAUCGCAAAGUGCUUUGCAAAAGUUCCAGGAUGAGAUUGGUAAAGCAGUAAAAGAUCCAUAUCAAGUGAUAAUGAAGCCGUCACAAUUGCCAAUUACACUGCUCAAUGAGUCCAGCAAGUAUAAACGCGUACAUUUAUUAGAUACAGAAAGUUUCGAUAGCACAUUCGGCCCCAAAAAACAACGAAAACGUGUCAAUUUGAAAGUACGCGAUUUAGAAGAUUUGACACGUAGCGCAGAGGCACAAGCCGAUAAUUAUGAUGAAACCAAAGAUGUUGAUUUGAUACGUGAAGACACAGGCGAAAAAGCUGCGCAACGCGAUUGGAUAUUUGCUGCCGGACAGAGUCGUCGUAUCUGGAAUGAAUUGCAUAAAGUAGUUGAUGCUUCUGAUGUUUUACUCCAAGUACUUGAUGCGCGCGAUCCCAUGGGCACACGUUCGAAAUACAUUGAACAAUUUUUACGCAAAGAAAAACCGCACAAGCACUUGUUCUUCAUUUUGAACAAAGUAGAUUUGGUGCCUGUGUGGGUGACGCAACGCUGGGUGGCUAUAUUAAGUGCAGAAUAUCCAACGAUUGCCUUCCACGCUUCAAUGCAGCAUCCUUUCGGCAAAGGUGCGCUUAUAAAUCUUUUCCGCCAGUUGGGCAAACUGCAUAUGGACAAAAAACAAAUCAGUGUUGGUUUCAUUGGUUAUCCGAAUGUAGGCAAAUCUUCCGUUAUUAACGCAUUGCGUUCCAAAAAAGUGUGCAACGUUGCACCCAUCGCUGGAGAGACAAAAGUUUGGCAGUAUAUUACGUUGAUGAAACGUAUUUUCCUCAUCGAUUGUCCCGGUGUGGUUUAUCCCUCAGCCGAAACCGACACCGAAAAGGUUUUGAAAGGUGUGGUACGUGUGGAAUUGGUGACAAAUCCUGAAGAUUAUGCAGAAACGGUUCUACAACGUGUGCGUAGGGAAUAUAUACAGAAAACAUAUAAAGUGGAAAGCUGGACUUCGUCAAUGGACUUUUUGGAGCAAUUAGCUAAAAAAUCCGGAAAAUUAUUAAAAGGUGGCGAGCCUGAUAUAACUGUCACUUCACGUAUGGUACUGAAUGACUGGCAGCGUGGAAAGUUACCAUUUUAUGUCGCACCCGAAGGUUAUGAAAUGCCAAGAUCCCAAGCUAAUAAGCCACAAACCACCAACGAAACAGAAACCACCGCCGCCGAAGCCGUUCAAGAUGGCGAUGAUGCCAAAUCGGAGGCACCUACAUUCGUUAGCGAGUCGGUUAAAAAGGCGAGAGAGUUCAAACAGCUACAAGAUUUCCGCAAAAUUAAAGUUGGCAUUGAUUUCGAAGCAGACGAUGUACGUGAGCUGGACAAAAUCGAUUUGGAAUUACUUGAAAAACAGAAAGCCGAGCGUUUGGAACGUAAAAAGCAACGUUCACAAAAUCCCGAUGACGAGGAAGAGUCAAGCGACGGCGCUAGCGAGUUCUACUCUGAAGAUGAAUACGUUGAGGAUCUGGGACGUGUGGUGCACAAAAAAGCCAGCAUCAAACGUAAAGCCAGUGUGGCGAUAACGGCGUCUGGAAAGUUUAAAGUCGAACCUGAUAUGGGCGAUGAAAGUGAUAGUGAAGGCAAACAACCUGCAGCUAAAAAGCGUUUAACCGCCAAAGAGAAACGUGCUUUGGAGCGCAGUUUGAAACGCAAAAAGAUCGGCAGUAAUUUCUAUGAAGUAUCCAAUGUGAAGAAUCGUAAUAGAAAUAAGAAACAUGAACCAUGAUAUGAGUGAAAUGUGCAAGUUUUGAUUACGCCUGUAACAUAUUAUUAAAAUCUACAAAAUACAGAAUAAAUUUUAUUUUAUCAUGUA